CUUCGCGUAGGUACCGGAUGGAAUGUUGGGUUUCUGUAGCCUCUCCUGUUCUUGGCGUGUUUGACUGUUCAAUUCAAAGACGUUCGAGGAGUACUAGAGGGACUCCUGUACACCACUGCUGUUAGGAUAAUUGGCCCUGAGGAGAGAGAGGUCACAGUGAGACACUCAGACCAGAGUCCGCAGAUCAGAGACAACACCAGUGUCUACAGCACACAGCUGUGGUACAAUAAAGACUGAUGGCUGCGUCGGCAAUCCACUCUGAUGGAGGCACUCAUGAUGAUGAUGCUGAUUCAGCUGUACUCAGUGAGGAGUCCACGUCCAGGGACAUCUAUUUCUCUCGUACUCACCCCACUCAUGAUGAUGAUGCUGAUUCAGCUGUUUUUAGUGAGGAGUCUGAGCCCAGACACAUCACUUUCUCUCGUACUUUCUCUCGUGCUCACUGUGAUCAGUUCCAUCACAAAUGUGACAUUUGCAUUGGGAAUAUCAACGAUGCUGCAAAAUAUUGUAAGACUUGCAAAGCCUCCUACUGUGUGGCUCAUCUGGCAGACCACUACAAGACGCCAGUAUUUUCUACACAUGAAAUUGUUCAUCCUAAUCAGAAGCCAAAAGUGACACCAGUAAAAUCAAGUCAAUGGAUGAGAUCAGGUAUUGUAUGGAUGAUGCCAGUUAUUUUGGGUGUCCUGGUCUCACAGAUGUAUACAAGAGUCCAAUAUGGAGAUGUCACCCAACUGCAGAAGCAAAAGAGGGAGCUGAAUGCACAGCUGGAGGAGAGAGACAAACAGCUGGAGAAAUAUGUACAGCUGGAAAAGAAACGUCUUACUGAAUUACAGGACAUGAGGAGGAUUAAAGGUCAUGCAGUGGAUGUGACUCUGGAUCCUGACACAGCAAAUCCAUUUCUCAUCAUCUCUGCUGAUGGGAAACAAGUGAGACAUGGUGACACACUGCAAUAUUUCUUUAGCACCAAAAACAGGUUCUCUCAUGUUGUAAGCGUCUUGGGAAAGCAGGGGUUCUCCACUGGUCAAUUCUACUAUGAGGUUCAGGUCAAGGGGAAGACUGACUGGAGCUUAGGAGUGGCCAGAGAGUCCAUUACAAUGAUGACGGAGAAGAUAACUCUGAGCCCUGAUAAUGGAUACUGGACAAUAUUGCUGCGUAAUGGGAAUGAGUAUAAAGCAGCAGCAAGUCAUCCUGUUCCCCUCUCCCUGAAACAGAAGCCCCAGAGGGUGGGGGUGUUUGUUGAUUAUGAGGCAGGUCUGGUCUCCUUUUAUGAUGCAGACUGUUGGUAUCAUCUCUACUCUUAUACUAAUGUUAAGUUCACUGAGACACUUUACCCAUACUUUUCUCCUAAUAAGGGAGGUGAGAACUCCUCUCCUCUUAUCAUCUCCACCGUUUCAUUCUGCCCUGUUAAAUAAUCUAUAUUGAUGGCUGGAUGUUUUAUUAAAGUUGGACUCCAGCAGUUUAUUUUGUCCUUAAACUCUUCUCUGCUCCUCAGAAGUAUACAAUCAGAAGUAUGUUUACAUGAAUAAAUAAUCCCCUCAGUGGACUUAAUGUAGUUCAUAUAUGUAUGUUGCAUGUUGUAUGAGGCUGUGAUUGGUCGACCGUAAAUCCAAAGCAGACAUCCUUAGCUGUGAUAUUCACUGCUUAUUUUGUAUGUUUUGCUAUGUAAAACAAAGCGGACAUCAUAGACAUGUUAAAGAGAAACUAUGCAGGAUUGGCUAUUUCAUCUUAAGUUUCAGUUUCGUUUUUCAUUUUCGCUCGUUUUAUGCUUGCAUAUUUCUCUGCAGAGCUUCCCCGACAGCUUUAGCGUAUAUAUUUAUACAUAUAUAGGUUAUAUAUAAAUAUAUAAAUUGCAAGCGUGGUUCUUCUUGUUCUUUAUGCGUCUCAGCCUUCCAGAUGUAAACAGGGAACUAUCGUCUCCUGAACAAACUGCAAGGUUGCAAUAGCGGAUAGGGACACUGGGGGCGGGAGGAAAUAUUACUGUUUUCGAUAAAACUGGUCAGUCAAGCAAAACAACGAUUUCUAAGCGAUUUUAUGACUAUGAAAAAGUUGCAUAGGGUCUCUUUAACUUGAUUUUCACAGGAGGUCUUUAAGAAUGAACAAGUUAUUUUUUCUUAUGGUAAGCCCUAAAUGUUCUUAUUUACUUAUGCAAAUUAAUCGCUUUCAUGAACCCAUUUGUAUUCGCAUAUUUACAUGAUUGUAAAGUGAUUAUUUAAGUUGUGACGCAACCCAUUUCCAGUGUACUGAGUGCUGCACAGAGAGUGCUCGACCGCUUAGGUAAUCGAGUAGUAGCAUCAAUGCUUGAGCCUUUACAUUUUCAGUUUUUCUUCAUCAUGUUGCCGCAAUUCUCAGAUCAGAAUUGAGAUUCUCAAAACUGUGAGAACUCUAGAUCAUCUUAACACUUGUGCACAUCAUUAAACCAUCUUGAACAAUGCUUUAGCAUUUUGUACAAAAUGUCUGCUAUUUUUUUAAUUUUCAGUUGCAUGUCAUGUUGGUCAGAAUGCACCGAACUUGUUCCAUCUAGAAUAAUCCUGACCCAUAAAACAAGUAAGGGAUAAUGUAUAGAACGACGGUCGUCAAAAGUAAGUUCUGACAGGGUGAACAGGACCCCGACAUGACAGCGGAGCAUUCUGCAGCAUUAUGUGUAAUAAAUUGGCAUAAUAUUGCAUAAUAUCAUUACUUGCCAGUGUGUUCAACUAGCUAUCAUACUCUGUCUAGCAUACAUAUAUUUGGAGCAUCAGGAUGUACAGAAAGUGGUCCACAGCUCUGACCAAGGGUGGGUUCUAUCUUGUGUCUUUACAUUUUCUUUUUAAUUAUUCUUUACUUUUAAAGUAUUUUACCUAGUGUGUUAUAUUUUCUUUUUCUUUGGUAUUUUUUUAAUGAUCUUGAAUUUUGAAGGGAUAUUUCAGAAAAUAGAGCUGGAACUGAGCCAAUCACUGCAGAAUUCACAACAAUAUAGAAAAUACAGCUAUCAGUUUGAACCGGUGCAUCCUUGCUUGUAUUUUUUGCUACAUCAUGCCUGUGUGCCUGUGCGCCAAAUGUAACCCCUUGUAAAGAAUUAUUGUGAAUAAAUUAUACUUUGAUGAUA